GCCAUUGCCACCUUCAACCCUCUCAAUCUCACUCAUCACUCUUGCUCUCUCUCGCGUCGCCAUUAGCGUACUUGCUCUCUCUGUCUCGAGCUAGCUCAUCAGGGGAGGGACAAAAACCAACUAGAGGAAGACACUUGCCUAGUUGCCUCGCCAGCCAUGUCGUCCUCCAUGGUGUCCAAGAACGCGCCGCCGCCGGCUGGGUACGGCGGCGACGGCCGGGAAGGCAGCGCCGAGGGUGAGGCGGCGCCGGUGACGAGCUGCCUGUACCUGCGCCCAGGGGCGGGGGCGCUGGACAGGGACGCCGUGCUGCGCCGCAUCCGCCACCGGAGGCGCCACAACCGCCUCCGCGACACGCUGCGCUCCAUGGUGCAGGCGCCGGCGUCGCCGCCGCAGCCGGCGGAGCCGGACGGCGACGUCGAACGGCGGCACCUCCCGUGGCCGCUCGACGAAGCCUUCUCGGCGCCGUAGCUUUGAGUAUAGAAUUAGUCUCUUGUGCAGAUUAAGCAAAUGCCAUGGUCCAGUGUCAGUGUGCACUCGCCUCUUCUUGUGUAGAUUGUCAAGAACAGGUGCAAAUUAAAUAAUCGAGCAUAGUGCUAGUGCAGUAGAUGUAUGUAUAUAAAAGUCAGUGCAACAAGGAUGGAGCCAUGGAUAUGCAAGGAUUGUUUGGGAAUUGGAAGCAUCUUUGUAUAAUUGCUUGCCUGCUUGGUGUUUUAUGAAUCAUGCUCAAGUAAUUAGACAAAUUAUGUUUGUACUGAAUGUUUCAUUUGUGUUCUGGGUUCAGGACCUUUUUUUUUCCUCUAUUUUCCAAAAUAUCUUCAUUCUGUGGGUGGAUACAAUGAUUGGAUCACAUCAUAUACCAUUAGACUCA